ACAGUGGAUGGAUCUAGAUACUGUUUAGAUGAAACGCAUGGCUUCAAGCGCGACUUCUUUACGUGAAAUGCGCAUAUAUCGUCUGCUAACGUGUCAUAUACGAUGGCUUCAGCGGAGGACAACACAGAACUAACAAGCAUUGGUUCUGAUGAUGUUGAUCAGAGGAUUGCUUUCUUGGUUGUCGUCUUUUCUGUAGUAUUUUUUCGUAUUUCAAACUUGAUAGUUGCAAAAUUCAUUGAACCCCCUCCCAGUGCCAUCAAUGACCCGUGGAGAUGGAGAAACUUGUUUGUGUCCUGGAUUCAUGCAAUUUUAUGUGGCUGUUGGGAUAUUAUCUGCUUUGCUGUUUAUCCAGAAAUGUUUGACGAUCUAAGUGCACACAUCAAUUAUUUCACCUACACGUUGGUUGCAUUUUCAACAGGAUAUUUUACAUACGAUGUGUUAGAUAUGUAUUUCAAUAACCGACUUUUACAUGACUGGGGAGUCACGCUUCAUCACCUUAUUGACGAAUAUGAUAAAAUUACAUCAUCAAUGAUCAGAACUCUGACCGCUUAUGCAACUUGAUAUCAUUAGUGUGUCCAUGCUGACGAAGUUUCUGAAAUACUACUUCCAAUCUCUGAAUUUGUUCUUCUACAGUCCGUGAAAAAACAAUAAUAUCAUCUAAGAAUACCAGGAGUAUCUGGAAAACUUCAUCACGGAAACAGUGCUGCAUAAGUCUUUGAAAGGUGGCGGGAGCAUCAUUAGAGUUUUCUACAGCACUAGAAAAUACCAUAAAGCCCCGGUCACACUGUCACGAUUUGGAGCUACGAGUUGUGAUGAGUUAAAACUCGCUAUAACUCUCCAAGUCGAAUGCAUGUUGAACGUAUGACAUCCAAUCUCGUGUGCAUGUUGGCGAUAAUUCGUAUAAUGUCGUCGCUUUUCGUCAUGUGAAAAAGUAGUUUGACAUGCUACGAGUUGCGUUGCGAGUUUUGAGGACAUUAAUACGAUCUCUGCUAUGCGCCCGACAUGCAACGAGUUUCAAAGACUUCUGUUCAGCAUUUGUACGAAUGUGUACGUGUUUUGUUCGACAUUUGUUUGGCAUUGGUAUAUAGUGAUUGAGCUGUUCUAUUGUGUACUUUAUCACAUGGAUGAUCAGCGGAUCGGAUCAUCUUAAGCAACAUCUGCCUUCUUUGCAUAGGAUUAUGUGCCUUUAACAGGCCAUCAAAAGGGCCAACAAACGAAUGAACAGCCAAGUCAUAACAGUUCGUCUUCAUUCGUACAUUUGUUACUCGACUAAACUCGCCUAAGUUCGAACAUUCUUAUAAGAAAAUUUUUCGAUUCUGUAGAAAGUGUCGUACAUAUGUCGUACAGAUGUUGCCUUAAACUCGUAUUGAAAAGAGACUAUCGUCCUAAUCUAGGUAAUUCGACAUCGAACUGAUGCCCCUGUCAUCAAAAAUCGUUGCAUACUCGCGAAGUUUUUGUCGAGUCAUAACUCACCCUUACUUGUGAUGGCUCGUAGCUCUAAAUCGAGAUAAUUUGACCUGGGCUUGAUGUAUUUUGCACAUAUAUUGUCAAAUGUAAGUUUUAACAUUUUAUAGUUGUUAAAUGCAACUUAACACCUUGCAUAAAGAGGAUAAGGUAUGUUUACAUGCCACAAAUUAACCAUGCAAAUGUGUUUUACGUUAAUGAAAAGCAAAUGCAUUUUAUGCCAAAAAUAUUUUAAACUUUUUCUUCAGGUACUAACUGUCCUUGCCUAUAACAUUCAGACGAAGUACGCGGUAGGAAUAACAUGUGUUGCAUUGUUAGCAGAAGUGAACGGAAUCUUCUUGCAUGCCAGAGCAUUAAUGCAGAUCUUCCAGUUUAGUUUUGGACACAAAAUAUACACUGUAAACAAAUAUGUAAAUUUGAUAACGUUUGUUAUCUUUCGAGGCGGUCCUCUGGGUAGAACUUGUUAUGCAUAUCUAUACGAGUGUCCCGCUUUUACCCCACCUUUACGAAUUGUAUUUGUAUGUAUAUCAGUGGCAAUGACGGUCAUAAACAUUGUGUUAUUCUGGCGGCUUUGUAAGAGUGAUAUGCUAAAGCAUAAACCUAAAUGAGAGAAUAAGAAAAAACGUGAAGUCUAUGCAUGCUAAAUCUUGAUUUUUCCAAAUGAAAUAAUUAUCGUGGAAAACUAUAGGUCUAUAGCAUAAAAGUUAAAACUAUGCUUAGAUAUUCUGUUUGACUUGUUUGAUUUGUUUCGUUAUAUAUUUUGUUUUUAUGGUUGGUUGGAUAUUUUUUUUCUACUACAACAAAUAUGCAUUUUAUAUUCUGUUUAAUGAUAUCGUCUUUGAGAAUAACGUUGGUGUAUGCAACUUCUAUUCACAUUUUUCUUUUUUCUUUUUUAUCAUGCCUUGAAACGAUGUCAUUGACUCUAUUAAUUGCUUAGCAUACAUGUACAUGUAGAAUGUUUUCAAUAUUGUGAAUGAUAAAUGAAUUGUUGCAUUAUGCACAUCCCAAAAGUUACUUGCAUAAUAUAAGCUGUAAUAAAAGAUUGUGAAACUACAGCUAAAAAUAUUUUAAAGGUAUUGUU